UUUUUUUUUGCAUGGGGCUGCAGCUGCAUCUCAGCCCUGGGAAAUGGGAGGGUUGGGGUGCUCCUUCCCCUGCCUCAGCCUCCGUGAUGCCGAGAUGGCCACCCCUGCCGAGCCCUCGUUCGGGGGAGCGGCAGAGAGCCCGGGAGCCUGCGGGCCGGCACCGAGCCCGCUCCGAGCGGCGGCUCUCGCUGCGGGAGGAUAUCUCUCCCCGGACUACGUUUCCCAGCGGCUCCUCCCGGGGCUGCACAUGCUCCAUGCGGCUCCGGGCGCCUCCCGGCAGCUCCCGGCGCGGCGCCCGCUGCGGCGCAAGGCCAGUCGGUGCGGCUCCCGGUGCGGCUCCCGGCGCUGCUCCCGGUGUGACCGGCGCGGGUCCCGGGGCAGCCACCGGGGCGGCUGCCGGCGGUUCCCUGUGCAGCUCCCUGCGCGGUUCCCGGAGCGCCUCCCGGCGGGGCAUCCUCCCGGUGCGCCCUCGGGAGCGCCCGGCCGAGCCCCGCCGCCGGCCCCGGCCCGAGCCAUCCCGGGCACCCCCGCCUCGGGCCGGCAGCAUGCCCCGCGGGCGAGCCUGGACGCAGGCGGAGGUCAGCAGCCUGCUGUCGCUGGUGGGGGGCUCGGGGGAGGCCGCGCUGCUCAUGGCCUCCACGUCGCGACCCAACGAGGCGCUCUGGCGGGAGAUCUCCCGGGGUCUGGCGGCGGCCGGCUACGGGCGCAGCGUGGCCCAGUGCCGCUCCAAGUGGAAGGCGCUCAAGCAGGCUUUCCACUCGGAGCGGGAGACGCGCCGCAGGGCAGGACACCACUCGCCCCGGCUGCCGCCGCACUACCGAGCCAUGAAGAGCAUCUGGAAGGCGGCCGGGCGGCCCGUCUUUGGCGAGCGGAGGAUGCCAGACGUGGUGAAGCUGCCCUCCAGAAGGCGCAGGUCAGCCCUUGCCACACGCUCUCCAUCCUCACCAGAGCCACCAGAGCACGGCGUUGGCGGGGACGCCCCCAGGACGCUGCUGUCACCGGUGCUGCAGUGUGCGAAGGACGAGCCAGAGAGUCUCCUAGUCUGUUGUGUAGCGUUGCUGCGCGCUGCUCCGCCGCUGCUGCCUUCCAGCCCAGAGGUGGCUGCAUUGCAGUGGUGGCAGCUGGUGGGGAACACAUUGCUGGAGUGCCUCCCACACCCCCUGCCAUGCCACACACCGGUUGCUGCUUCUCUCCCCUCUCCCAACUGGGCUGUCACACUGACCUGAAGCAGGAAGGAGCUGAAGGAAAGGCCAGCUUUCCUGGUGAGACGUCCCUGGGGAUGGGAAGAGGAAACCGAGUGCUGCCGCUGGCUGCUGCAGCCACAGGCUCCCACGGGACAGCAGCCAUGAGUGAACAGCCAGCAGCAGGUGAAGAUGCAUCAGACACAAGCCUGCAUGGGUCUGGCGUGGCAGGCUUGCUCCAGAAUGUCCAGCAGCUGCUGGUGCAGAUCCUGCAGACAUCCCGGCAGCAGCAGGCUCUACUGGAGAGCCUGGCCAGUGACACCGUCUCCCACCUCCACCUCCUCUCCCACAGCCUCGUGCAGGUGGGCGAGACCCUGCACCAACUCCUGCUCCGGCCACAGACCCAUCCUGGCCCCAUUGGCCACUAUGUCCCCCACGUGCCCCUUUUUGAACGUGGCUCUGGAGUGCCCUGCUCCCCUGGUGCUCCCCACACUUCCCCAGAUCACAAAGAGGAGCCUCAGAUGUCCCCUGAUGCCAGGUGCAUCCCCCCCUGAGUGCCCCAUCACUGACCCCAGGAGCAACAGCUUUGUUACCGAGCCAUGGCACAAAUCUUUAUAUCAGAGGUUCCAGAUAUUUUGAAAGUUUAUACUAGAGAGACAUUUUAAUAAAAUUAAAAAUAGCUUUUC